AAUGCCAAAAUCACCUUUAUCAAAAUAUUUUGUUGUUCUAAUUGGUCGUACAUCAGGAAUAUAUUAUUCCUGGAAAGAAUGUAAAGAACAAGUGAACAACAUUUCAAAUUCUAGUUAUAAAAAAUUUUUUACAUUAGAAGACGCGUAUAAAUGUUUUGAAGAUCAUCAGAAUAAGAUUAAAGAAAAAGAAGAUUUAAUUAAUUCUCUUGAUAAGAUUGUUAUAUAUACUGAUAGAAGUUGCAUCAAUAAUAAUAGAGGUAUUCAUGCUAGAAUUGGAAUUUAUUAUAAAGAUGGAUCAAAAGAAAUUACUGAACCAUUACCUGGAAAUAUACGAACUAAUAAUAGAGCAGAAUUAUUUGCUAUAAUUAGAUCAAUUGAAACUUGUGAAAAUCAAGAAAAAAUCUUAGAAAUAAGAACUGAUAGUAGAUAUGUUGUUAACGCAUGUGAAUCAUGGAUUUUGAAAUGGAAAAUAAAUAAUUGGAAAACUGUAAGGGGUGAAGAUGUAAAAAAUAGAGAUUUAUUUGAAAAGUUUGAUAAAUUA